CAUGAUAAGACCGCAGCGUCUAAACACCCAUGUACAGAGAACGUCACGCUUCCGGUCUCUUCUACCGAUUUCUGUCUCGAAAGGCACAGCUAACCGAUAACUCGUAUGGAUAAGUACUUGUAACAGUGUAAACGAACAGACAGACAGAGGACAGUAGUAGCUAAUAACCAGGUUUUUACCGAAGACCAGCCCUAUCCGACCACAAACAUGAGACAGAUACCUAACCGACCACAAACAUGAGUUAAAUGUAAAAGAGUUUUUGCAUCUGGACUGGAUGUUGCCGAGCACCGCUUCCCCGUCCCUGUUAUUCUGACUAUCAGGUUGAAGGGAAGAUAUUCAACAUCUACGGGCGAGAUGUGGAUGGCUGCGAGCGAUGGAUGAUAUGUAUGACCAACCUGCAAAAAUGGAACAAGACGAAAACGCAACUGACGAAGAGUCAUCUAUGUCGACUGAAGAUGUAAAUGAUAUUGAGGAUGCUGAUGAUGACGAGGAGGAGCAACAACAGCAGGAGCAGGAGGAAGAAAAAGAGGACAACGAUAAUGAUUCACACAACGAUGAAAACGACGUUAAUGAACCAUCGACAUCGAAAGGUCGUAAAAAACGAAAAAUUGAUGACAGUCCGAAGAGAAAGCGUCAGUCAAUAAUGCCGGAUUAUUUUAUUAAAAUUCCAUCAUCGAAGAUGCCAGAAAAUCCCGGCACUGUUAAAGCUCCUACAGGUGGUUUUGAAAAGAUUGAUGAAGGAAAGGAAAAAUUAGAUAUGAGUUUUUACAAAUUAAGGUGGUUUUCAUUUAAAAACUAUCAGGAUAGAAAUGUAAAGGAAGUGAUCGAAGAGAAUUUCAAGCGCAAAGACAGCGAAUUGUCAUUUAAGUGGGGGGACACCGGCGAUAAAUAUAGUGGCUUUCAUAUAUUUUAUUAUCAGAGAAAAGUAUGCAAAACCACUGCAAAAAAAAUGCCCGGAGUCGAACCGGAAAAAAACAUCAAUCACGAAGAUCUCAUUUUCUUCUUCAAAGCAGAUAUCAAAAACCCUGAAUAUGCUUUCUGCUUGUGUUCUGGACGCUCAUAUAUGCUGCUAGAGGGACACACAGAAAGUAAAUUUAGCAAGACAAUGGCGAAACAUUUCAUGGAUGGAAAUUGUUUAAUCUCUAAAGAGGUUGUUUGUAUAGCAGGACCUUCCAUUUCAGAACAUCAGACAUUUUCACGAGAAGCUGUGCUUUUAAUCAGGGGGAACUACGAGAAGAUUAUCACUGGUUUAACUGCACAGAUACGCGAGGAAACAGAGUUGGCAAAGAUAAUUUGUGAAGGCAAGUCUGUCUCAAUGACAUUAGGACAAACGAAACUGAAAAUAAACAAAACCCUAAAUCUGGAAACAUUCGCGAAGGUUUUAAACCUGUUCAUUAAUGCAUAUGAACAUCAAGAUGACUUUACUACUGACCCAGUAAUGGUUGCUGCACUAGAUUACACGCAAUAUAUUGGUGACCCUGUUAAAAAAAAGGAACUGGAUGAAAACCUGAGGAAAGAUGCACUUACAGAUACUGGGCAUACAGAUGUUUACCUGAGCAACAGAAAGGUUGAAGACUGGGCUCACUCUUCCGACAUCAGGCUAAUGUGUGGUAAGAAGCAAAUUCAACAAUGGACAUCGCCACCAACAUUUGAAACUAUGCGCAAAGCCUGUGAUCUUUCUGAUGCUAAGGCUCAAAUCGUGUUUAUAGCCAAAGACAAGUCAGCGGUAAAAGGGAACCUGCAAGAUUUCCUUCAUGGUACAUGUACAUGUAGCAUUAAGGACAAAAAGAAACAGUACCACAAGGUGGCAGGAAAAUGGUUUUGGCUGUCAACUAAAUAUCGGAACCAGCUGGCAAACAGGAUGGCAAUAUUUCUCGAAAGUAAUCUCAUCAAACAAGGAGAAAUUGGACAUCUUCCGUUACCCUGGAAACCCCGAUCUCCACCGGAGAUCGCCACCACAUUAGAGUUCUUAUCCCAGAUUACACGUGACCGACUUUUGGACUGGUUGAAAAAUAAAAAGGUGGCGUAUCUGGGAGAAGACAAGAUAUCAUGCCUUACAAGUCUUAACUGUAAAUUCAUUAAAUCUACCAGUGCCUUUACAGACCUGAAAAAAAUUCUGAGCCCACCAACAAACAAAGAUAACAAAACGGAUAAGAUAGCACGCCAACAAAGCCCACCAACAAACAAAGAUGAAAAACUGAAUGUUUUACAGGGUUUAGAACACGCAAUGAUGGUAUCAGCAGAAACUGAAAAGCCACUUAGCGAUUGCAUCAAGUCAUGCCCGAUUAAAGAAGAGAUAAAGAAGGUCCUGGAAGAAAAACAGAAGGAAAUAAUUACGAUUCUUCAAAAAAAACGGGAAGUCAUCGGUUCUAAGGAGGAGGUUGUUAACCCUAAUGUGACUGAAGACUUAUCUAAAUCUAUAUUAAAAGAUUUUUUCAAUAACACCGUAAACUGUACACCGGACGUUAUAGGUAAAGAACUCCUUUGCUAUCUCAGAACAUCAUGCAAAAACAUAGAAGAGGGCGAUUACAAUGAAACAUACCAGUCGAUUCCUACAAAAGACGAUGAGUCAUUUUAUAUGCUAGGUGAUCGAGUACAAGGAGCCAUGCUUCCAGAACUAUUUGAUGUACUAUACUACAAAAGUAAAAUAGCUGAAGAAUCUGCCAAACUGUACCUGUAUCACAUCAAAGAAGGAUUUGGACCAACUACCAGGGUUGCAUGCUCUCAGAUUAGGGUUUCAGCAAACCUUCUGUGGAACGAUUUGAUGGACUCCAGUUGCACACUACCGAACGUCAUGAAGUAUCGAGAAUUUGCUCUUGGGUAUGAACGUGACGAUAUUUGUAGAAUCAUGCUGAAACGGGCUAUGAAAAAUAUGACCGAAGACAGAUUUAAAUCACUGUUUAGGGAGGUUUCUGAAAUUGUGUAUGUGUAUGCGUUCAUGGAUGCAAAGAAAAAAGACGAUUACCUAUACAGGGUUACAGGCACGAGGAAGUUAAAAGUGGAGAGUGAAGAACUCGAUAAACUGAAAAUGGAGGGUUACGUCGACAAAGACGGAUCAUUGACGGACAGCGCCUUUCUGACAACUAAAGAAUCAUUCAUGAAACAGAUGAAGGGGGAAUUAAAAGCUAUAAGACUGACAGACAUAUAUAGUCAAAUGUAUGAGCAGACUAACCAAAACCCAUCGACGAUAGCACUGAUAGAACUGAUAACCCUGGCCGAGGAGUUCACCAAGUUCCAGUGUCCUGCUCGGCGGCUUUCUCUCAAAGUAUGCCAGAUUUCAACGUGCAACACAUAGCCUCCAAUGGACGAAAUCUGCCCCUACUCUCAAUUUACAAAGGUUAAUAAGUUUACUUAUACCUGUAAAUGAUGUUUCCAAUUUCCAUUUGAAAUGUGCCUUGUCUAUAAAAAAACCCCACAAAAUAUUAUUAAAAAUAAAAAAAAAUAAACCCACCAAAAACCCACAAAAAAACAAAGACGUUUGACCGACAUAUGGAUAUGGACAUAGGGCUGUGUCAUGUUUGUGAACAAUCCCCACACUCCGAAUCAAAUAUGACAUUGCAGUAUCAAAACUUGUACAUAUGCACGUAAUCACCGACCACGACAGUCUAUGUUUAUUUUUUUUCUAUUUUGUUUCAAUAGUGUUACAUACUGUAAUAUAUUGUAACAAUUGUAGAUUAAAAACAUUGCAGAUUGCCAGGUUAUUGGCCGUAUAUGAAACGAAUGCAUUUUCUAAACACUCGUGAUGCUUUUCAAUACGGUUACUUUAUACACGUUUCCUUUUACUUCAUGGUGUUCUGUAUGUGAGGAUAUGCAACAUAUUAUUGUUUUUACACCUUGUUACUCAAAUAUAAUAGUAGACCACUGCGAGUAUGUUUUUGACUCGUCAAAAUAUGCUUUGACUCGUGGGUUUUAGAGGACAGGUCUAUUUGACAUGUUUUGACCCUCCAAAACACAAGAAAAAAUUCUAUUUAACUUCUGAAAUUGCUAAAUGUCAAGGGUCAAAUGAAAGCCCUGAUCAUUAUAAAUUUUGCUUUAUUCUAGAGUCAAUGUUACAAGUAUAGUGGCGUUAUUGUUAGUCAUCCUGAUUUAUUUACAUAAUAUUGAUUUUAUUGAUCAAAUAUGUCUAUUGUUAUUUUAUUACAUAUGGAAAUAAAAUUGACGAAGUUCAUAAAAUAUAUACUGUACAUUUACAAAGUCAUUUCAUUGUCAAUUUAUCAAAUAUGUGUAUAUAUAUUCAACAAUGUUUAUGAUAUACAUAUUAAUUGUUCCAAGCAUGUAGAACAUUUCUAAUAUAUUAUGUAUA